GAAGAAGAUUAUUGUUUUAUAUUCAAGAACAUUUUACUGUCAAUAUUAUCAUUAAGUUGUGUAGUUGGAUUUGGAAGUUUUUUUGUUAUACAUUGUACAAGCCCUACACAUCCAGACGCAAUACAAAGUUUUUACUGUGAAUAUGAAUAAAUUUACAAUUUCCCUUUUAACCAGGAGAUUGUUUUCUUCCAGCACUAAUUUGAAAAGAAUAAUAAAGAUAUCCAAUAACGAUGAGUUCCUAUCAAAAGUAAUGAAUUCUAGUAUUCCAGUUAUAGUCAAUUUCCAUGCAGAAUGGUGUGAACCGUGUCAUAUAUUAACACCAAAAAUGAAAGAAUUAAUUGAACAUAAAACCAAUAUAGAUUUGGCUAUAGUAGAUGUAGAACAUAACAUUGAAUUAGUUGAAACUUUUGAAGUGAAAGCCGUGCCAGCUGUAAUUGCUGUCAGAGAUGGUUUGGUAGUUGACAAAUUUAUUGGUUUAGUGGAUGCAAAUAUGAUUGAAACAUUGAUUGAAAAACUGGAUCAAAAAUCAUAAUAAUAAAUUGUUUUUAAUUAUAUUAGCUAGUUUUUUCAGUGAAUAUUAAUAAAGUUUUUAAAUUGAA